AUGCCUCGACCAGGAAGAAACACAUACAGUGAUCAAAAGCCUCCUUAUUCAUAUAUCUCAUUGACAGCCAUGGCUAUCCAAAGUUCUCAGGAGAAGAUGUUGCCGCUGAGUGAAAUCUACAAAUUCAUUAUGGACAGAUUUCCUUACUACAGAGAGAACACUCAAAGAUGGCAAAACUCUCUGAGACAUAACUUGUCUUUUAAUGACUGUUUCAUCAAGAUACCAAGAAGACCAGAUCAGCCUGGCAAGGGGAGUUUCUGGGCACUUCAUCCAAGUUGUGGUGAUAUGUUUGAAAAUGGUAGUUUCCUAAGGCGUAGGAAGAGGUUCAAGGUUAUGAAAUCGGACCAUCUUGCACCUACUAAGCCAUCAGAUGCAGCACAGUACCUGCAGCAACAAGCAAAGCUUAGGCUUAGUGCAUUGGCUGCCUCUGGUACUCAUUUGCCACAGAUGUCAACAUAUAACCUGGGGGUCUCACAAACAUCCAGCUUUAAACAUCCUUUUGCUAUUGAGAAUAUAAUUGCUAGAGAAUAUAAAAUGCCAGGAGGACUUGCCUUUUCCACAAUGCCACCAAUGUCAGCUGCCUAUCCUCUUCACAACCAAUUGACUACAGUUGGCAGCUCCAUUGGCACAGGAUGGCCUCACAUGUACAGUUCCAGCAUGAUAGACUCUACCACACCUAUAUCAAUGGGUAACAGUGAUUACAGUGUGAGUGCUUAUGGAGUGCCCAUCAAGCAAUUUUGUCAUGGAGGACAAACUUUGCCUGCUAUACCAGUUCCUAUCAAGCCCACACCAGCAGCGGUGCCAACACUUUCAUCACUCCCAGCACAUAUCCCAACAAUUUUGUCGAACUCUUCUCCAUCAUUGAGCCCAACAUCCCCUCAAACAGCAACCAGCCAAAGUAGCCCUGCAACACCUAGUGAAACUCUCACCAGCCCACCUACUGCCCUACUUUCUGUGGCUGUGCACUAA